AGAGAGAGAGAGAGAGGGGGGAGGGAGAGAAGAAUGGGAGAGAAGGGUUCAAAGGAAUAGAAGUGGAGGUUAUUCUUCUCUACAUACCUCAUCCUUUUAGAUCUUUUCCUUCUUCUCUCUUCUUCCAUUUUUUUUAAUUAAUUUAGAUCGAGUACUUGAUUUGAGAUGCGGUGAUCUGGUCGUCUUCCUGGUUUUUCCUCUUCUUUUUUUUUUUCUGAUUUUUUCGUUGCGAUUUCAGAGAGUUUUCGUCCAAUUUUGUUCCGAAUUCUUUGGGAUGUGGUUGGAAGCGGAACAAUGAUUUUUUUCUUUGAUUUAGGGUGUUCCCAGUUCGAAUUCCCAUGGAUUUAUGGAUAAGGGACGGGAUUUUGUUUUUUUACUACUUCUAAUGAUCAUGUUGGGGUUUUCCAUGGAGUAGAUCUGGUUUGUUUGAUGUGAAGUUGGGGCGGAAGGGGAGAAAUAUAGGAAAGAUGGGACGUAUUUAGCACCAGAUCUGAGCGAUUUUAUUGUCGUCUUCUGGGAAUCCCGACCCACGAGGGGAGGUUGAAGGAAGCGAGAAGGAAAAUAGAGAGCUUUGGUGGUAGUUUUCAGUCAUGACUUACUUCCCGGAGGAGGUGGUGGAGCGCAUCUUCGAUUUCCUGGCCACGCACCGGGACCGGAACGCGGUGUCGACGGUAUGCAAGACGUGGUACCGGGUGGAGCGGCUGAGCCGCCGGAGCGUCUUCGUCGGGAACUGCUACGCCGUCCGGCCGGAGCGCGUGGUGGCGAGGUAUCCCCGCUUGAGGUCCCUCACCGUCAAGGGGAAGCCCCACUUCGCUGAUUUUAACUUGGUUCCUCAUGACUGGGGUGGCUUCGCCCUCCCUUGGAUCGAGGCCGCCGCCCGGGGCUGCCCCGGCCUCGAGGAGCUCCGGCUGAAGAGGAUGAUCGUCUUUGAUGAGAGCCUCGAGCUCCUUGCCCGCUCCUUCCCCAACUUCAAGGUCCUGGUUCUCAUUAGCUGUGAGGGUUUCAGCACCGACGGGCUUGCGGCGAUUGCCACCUAUUGCAGGGUCCUUAGGGAGCUAGAUUUACAGGAAAAUGAGAUGGAAGAUCGUGGGCCUCAGUGGCUCAGCUGCUUCCCUGAUUCCUGUACUUCGCUUGUGUCCCUGAAUUUCGCCUGCUUGAAAGGGGAGGUGAAUGCGGUUUCAUUGGAGAGGCUCGUCGCUAGGUGUCCAAACCUUAGGACCUUGCGACUCAACCGUGCAGUGUCCGUUGAUACACUGUCCAAGAUCCUUGCUCGGGCACCUCACUUGGUCGACUUGGGCACUGGUUCGUUCACCAUAGACCACCGAGCUGAAGCUUACCACAAGCUGAUCAAUAACUUCAUUAAAUGCAAGUCAUUGAGGAGCUUGUCGGGGUUUUGGGAUGCUACACCUCGCUGCCUUCCAGCUGUGUAUCCCAUUUGUGGAAACCUGACUGGUCUAAACUUGAGCUACGCUCCAGCAAUUCAAGGUGCUGACCUUAUAAAGCUGAUUCGUCAGUGUUCGAAACUUCAACGGCUUUGGGUAUUGGAUUGCAUUGGAGACAAAGGAUUAGCAGUUGUGGCCAACACUUGUAAAGAGCUGCAGGAAUUGAGGGUGUUCCCAUCUGAUGUCUAUGGCGAGGGAAUUGCUGCCGUGACAGAGGAAGGGCUGGUGGCUGUAUCCUCAGGAUGCCCGAAGCUAAUUUCCUUGCUAUACUUUUGCCAUCAGAUGACAAAUGCUGCACUCAUCACUGUUGCAAAGAACUGCCCACAGUUCACACGCUUCAGAUUAUGUAUCCUUGAUCCAGGGAAGCCAGACCCAGUGACUAAUCAACCAUUGGAUGAAGGUUUUGGGGCAAUUGUGCAGUCAUGUAAAGAUCUAAGGCGGUUGUCACUAUCGGGCCAUCUCACCGACCAGGUCUUCUUGUACAUUGGCAUGUAUGCCGAACGCCUAGAGAUGCUCUCAAUUGCAUUUGCUGGUGACAGUGAUAAGGGAAUGGUGUAUGUGCUCAACGGGUGCAAAAAUCUGAGGAAAUUGGAGAUAAGGGAUAGCCCAUUUGGGGAUGCCGCACUUUUGGAGGAUGUUGGGAAGUAUGAAACAAUGCGAUCCCUUUGGAUGUCAUCUUGUGAUGUUACCCUAGGGGGUUGCAAGACACUUGCGGCAAAGAUGCCAAGGCUCAACGUGGAGGUCAUAAAUGAAAUGGAUGAGAGUGACGAACUGGAGGAAAACCCUAGCGAUCUUCAUAGGGUGGAGAAGAUGUAUGUUUAUCGGACUGUGGCUGGACCAAGGAAUGAUGCUCCAGAUUUUGUCUGGACAUUAUAGAGUCGGCUAGCAUGGCUUUUUUUGCCAUUAUUAGUCUAUAAGGUAAUGUUAGUGUGCUUCAUGGUGUUUUCUUUAUUGUUCCCUAGUGGUAGCACAAUCUGUAGAUUGAAGUAAGGGUGACUGAAUGCCAGUCCCAAGAUUUUUAGCUAUUUGAUCUUUCUUUUAGAGACGUGUCAUUUGUUAUGGUAGCUCUUUAUGAAUCACUUUGGCAUUUUUAACUAAGCAUAUAUAUAUUUUUUCUUUUCCA